UAUAAAGCAAUGGUUGUUUGCUGUAUUCUUGGAGUCGGAUCUCUCGUUUCUUGGAACAGUAUGCUCACUAUCGCAGAUUACUACUACCAAAUUUUCCCGGAUUAUCAUCCUUCAAGGGUACUCACACUUGUAUAUCAACCAAUUGCGCUUGGAACUGUCAUGAUUUUCGCAUACCAUGAAUCUAAAAUCAGUACUCGAAAACGUGUCCUGACCGGUUACAUCCUAUUCACAAUAUCCACAUUCUUGCUCAUAGUGUUGGAUAUGGCAACAAAAGGACACGGUGGAAUCGGAAACUAUAUUGUUUUAUGCACAAUUGUUGCUUCUUUUGGCCUCGCUGAUGCUACCGUUAAAGGAGGAUUGAUCGGUGACUUAUCUUUGAUGUCCCCUGAGCUCAUCCAGUCAUAUAUGGCUGGUUCGGGUAUGGCUGGUGUUCUAACCUCAGUGCUUAGGCUAAUAACUAAAGCUGCCUUUGACAAAUCAAACAACCAUCUACGGAAAGGAGCAAUGAUAUUCUUAGCAAUCUCAACAUUCAUAGAAUUUCUUUGUGUGAUGUUAUAUGCUUAUGUGUUCCCAAAACUCCCAAUCGUUAAGUAUUACCGCACAAAAGCUGCUUCUGAAGGAUCGAAAACUGUAGCUGCUGAUCUUGCUGCUGCUGGUAUCCAAAAUCAAUCAGAUUUGAGUGAUGAUGACUCCAACUCCAAGAAUCAAAGGCUAAGCAAGAAAGAGCUAUUACUUCAAAACAUAGACUAUGCAGUUAGUCUAUUCCUCAUCUACGUUUUGACAUUAUCCAUUUUUCCUGGAUUCUUAUACGAGAACACGGGACAACACGGCCUAGGCGCUUGGUACGCGCUUAUCCUAGUAGCCAUGUACAAUUUUUGGGAUUUGGUCGGGAGGUAUGUGCCGCUGGUGAGUUGGCUGAAGGUUGAGAAUAGAAAAGCACUAACGAUUGCGGUUUUGUCCCGAUAUUUCCUCGUUCCGGCAUUCUACUUCACCGCAAAAUAUGGUGAUAAAGGAUGGAUGAUGAUGCUCGUUUCUGUUUUGGGAUUAACUACUGGACAUCUCACUGUUUGCAUUAUGACUAUAGCUCCUAAAGGCUACAAGGGUCCGGAGAAGAAUGCAUUAGGGAAUUUGCUGGUGGUUUUUAUACUAGGAGGAGCAGUUGUAGGAAUAUCUUUGGGUUGGUUAUGGCUUAUUGGCAAGAAAAAUGCAUUUUGAGUUCUCAUCAGCAAAUGAUUCACAACAUCCUUUUGUCUAAUUAAUUUCGAUGAAUCCAACCCUGUUAUGGCUUUAAGUGAGAAGCUUGAUGCCUCUAACGUAACUGUUUAUUCAUGAAAAAAUAAAAAAGAAGAAGAGAAU